AUGUGUCACUACGACGAGCUGCUGGCAGCUGAGGCUCGGGCCAUCAAGAACGGGAAGGGGCUGCACAGCAAGAAGGAGGUGCCGAUCCACAGGGUGGCCGACAUCUCCGGAGACACGCAGAAGGCCAAGCAGUUCCUGCCGUUCCUGCAGCGCGCCGGCCGCUCCGAGGCCGUGGUGGAGUACGUGUUCAGCGGCUCCCGCCUCAAACUCUUCCUGCCCAAGGAGACCUGCCUGAUCACCUUCCUGCUCGCCGGGAUCGAGUGUCCGCGGGGUGCCCGGAACGUUCCGGGGCUGGCGCAGGAGGGGGAGCCCUUCAGCGAGGAGGCCACGCUCUUCACCAAGGAGCUGGUGCUGCAGCGGGAGGUACGCAAUGACAGACCAAAUUUCCACAGUGGUGACAAACGAAAUUUCCGCCCCACGGUGUAA